AUUGUCUAUAAUUAAUUAAUCAGAUCAAUCAUUGCAUAGUAGUAUAAUUCAAUUCCAUACAAUUUUGUUGUUGUUGUUGUUGUUGUCGUCGUCGUCGUCGUUGUUGUUGUCCUUGCUUGUUGUUGUCACCGUCAUCGUUAUUGUCGUCGUCGUCGUUGCUUGUUUGAUUGUUAUCAGUUUCCCAUCUCUUCUAAAUAUUUUUCCUAAAUAUGUUUUCAUAUUGCUUUGAACAAAAUAAAAAUUCUCAAUUUAUUCAUAUUUUUAGUGAUUAUCAAUUGAAUAAUAAAAUUUUAUUUUCAUCAUUAAUUAUCAUUAUGUUAAUAACAUGGAGUAUAUUCUAUGUAAUUAUUCCUAAUACUACUAGUAAUACUACUACUAAUAAUAAUAAUAAUGGAAUAGAUCCAUUCAAUACAAAUAAUUCUUUGGAUAAUAAAAUUCACAUUGUGAUCUUAUUUGAUGGUGAUCGAGGUCUACAAUACUUGAAUAGCCUACUUAAAUCUAUUUUUUAUUAUCAAAAUGGAAGAUUUCGAUGUGAUUUAAAAGCUUGUUGUCUAUCAAACUUUUGUGAUCGAUUUAUGAAUGAUUGUCAAACUGUUAUGAACAAUGUGUCAACAACAUAUACAACUGUAUUUCAUUUCUUAAUAACGUCGAUUUCAUUAAAUAGUCAGUUGUUGAAUUUGAUGAAUACAUGGAAAUUACAUAAUAUGGAAUAUCAUUUUUACAGUUGUGGUAAUCAACUGACAGAUAUUUGGUGGAUUCAAUCUAGGCAUCCUUCAGGCGCCAAACCAUUUUUAAAAUUGAUGAUUACAGAAAUUCUUCCAUCUACAAUCAAUAAAGUAAUUGUACUAGACAUUGAUAUACUACUUAAUACAGAUAUUAUUGAAUUAUGGAAUCAUUUUGAUUAUUUUAAAGAAACUCAGAGCAUAGGUAUUGGAUUAGAACAAAAUCCAUAUUUUCAAGAAGUUAUGAUCAAAUUGGAAAGCAAUUGGAAAGGUUACGGAUAUAAUAAUGGUGUUCUGUUACUUCAUCUGUCUAAAUUACGAUCAACCAAUUGGAAUCAUCUAUGGUUAAGUAUAACUAGAAGAGCUAUUAAACGUCAAGGUUACUUAAUCACUGGUGAACAGGAUAUUUUAAACUUAAUAUUAUUUGAAUUCAAAUACAUUUUAUAUGAGAUUCCAUGUGAAUGGAAUAUUCAAUUAAGUGCAGGAAGUGAUGAACAACGAUGUCCUGUAAGUUGGUUAACUUAUACCGAAUUGAAAAAGCGUAAUUAUACAACAAUCGUGAAACAACCAAAACUUAUUCAUAUUAAUCAUCAUAUAAAACCAAAUGAUAUAAAUGUGAAUUAUACACCAACUGAGUACAUUGAUCAAUCAGAUAUCAUUCUUAAACAGUGGGAACUAUAUGAUAAAUUCGUGUCAGUUUACCGUCAAUAUACUCAAUUACAUGAAUCAUGUUUCCAAUAGAUUCAAUUGAAGAACCAAUCAGUUUGAUGUUGUUCUUUCAAUCAUGUAGUUGAUAGGCUAUUCUUUGUCUUCAAUCAAUAGAAUCGAUUAUCUUUUAUUUUUUGUAUUUAUAUCAAUACACUUGAAAUAAAUGUGGUUAAUGA